CCUCUUUCCUCCAAACCACGACCAUCUGUCUAUCCAGCACUUAAAAAUGCCCCGCAUCCUCUUCGUUAGCGGUUUUCAUCCUUCUACUAGAGCACGCGACCUUGCUUUCGAAUUCGAACGAUUCGGUCCUUUGGUCCGCUGUGACGUUCCAGCCCCGCGUAACCCUCACGCUAGUUCGAACCCUUACGCUUUCGUCGAGUUUCGAAGCCAGCGCCACGCUGAAGAUGCCUACUACGACAUGCAUGGCAGGUACUUUGAGGGAUCUCGCUUGAGCAUUCAGUGGGCAAAGAACCCCCCUUCAUCUGUUUGGCGGUACGAGAGGCGUUCUUCUCCUCCUCAUCGCUCAGGUCGUGAUCGUGAGCGUUCUCGAAGCCCCCGUCGUCGCUCCGAAAGAGAUACCAGAGACACCAGAGAUGACCGCGACCGUCAUGACGACCGUGACAGAGACCGCGAACGCGACCGCGAUGCCGACAGGGAGAGGGACAGGAGGAGGCGGAGCAGAAGCCCGGAGAGGAGGAGAAGCCCUUCCCCUGACAGGAGGAGGCACGACCACGCGCGUACUCCUCCAAUGGAAGAUCACAAGAAAGAUGAUGAUCGUGAUUUGCCGCCGCGCACUCCGAAUCCGUACGCGUAAAAAUGGAGUCGGGUUUCACAGAGUAACAUGAGUAAAUCGUUCUUUUUCUGUUUCUUCGUUCAAAAAACACUCCUUGAGACUGGGUUCUUCUACUAGUAGUAUUGCUGUAGCCGCGUUUGUUAGAUGUUAAUUCACUGUGAUACUUGCCCUCUGAAUUUCGUGUCUGGUCGCGAAGUUGAGAGCAGGUUUAAUAUAAGCACUCAUGAUGCCCGA